GCUGCCCACUUCAUUUUUUCGUUAUAGGAAGAACUUAACGUACACCAUUCUCUCAAGAUGCAGAUACUUUAACUAACAUCCACAAACCAUAAUAUAUACAAUCUUUAGAUCGUCAUUUCUCUUGCCCUCAUCAGAUAAGUAUUAGUUUUUUUAGAUUAACUUUGGAAUAGAAAUGGGUAUAUUCCCCAGAUUUGGUGGCUGGAUCACUCAGAAUAUUCAACAACCCCUUAAGGCGUCGACCAAGAGACCUGAGAGUAGUUCAGUUUCAGAAACAGAUAGGUAUAUUCAGGGACCAUGGUAUUUUAAUCCUGCUGCAAGCCCUAAAGAGAAGGCCGAAAUCAUGAAAAUAGAUCAUGUUAGAUCUAUGUCAGUGUAUCCUACCGAUCCUAAAUACUAUGACCUAGCUGAAUUGUGGAGGCAAGUAAGACUUUGGAGGUCUGAAAAUAGCAAACAUCCAUGGUACGAUGCACCUGCUAAGGUGAAGGAAAUGCUAGAACUUAGGAAAAAAAUAAUUUUAAAACGUCUUUGCAUAUUUUUUGUGAAGAUGAAAACAAAAAAAGGUCUUUGCCAUUUAAACAUAGACUUCACAUUGGGAUGGCCUCCUCAAGCAGUCUACGAGAUGUUCACUAAUCCAAGAAACCUGAAUUUCUUCCAUUCAAUGGACACAAUAGCAACAAUGGUUUUAAAGAAGGAUGGACCAAGGCAGAUCACGGAAGUGGAAAAAGUUUUGAGAUGGAAGAUACUUGGGUAUAAUGGGGCUAUCCCAAUACAUGUAAUAAUCGAUGAAAACCAUCAAAAAGUUACAGCAACAUAUAAGAAAGUGAAAGUGAAGUACAUGAAAGUUUUUGAGGGUAGCUGGAAAAUGGAGCCAUUGUACGUAGAUCAGGAACGGUUGUGCAAGUCUAGGUCGCAGAUUAGUGAAGAAGAGUACAAAAAAUGUAGCGGCGGUAAAGGAAGGAUUGGGUCAAAGGUGACAAUGGAGCAUAUAUUCAACCCUCUUCUCUUCUUAAUGUGCCACCAGUUUCUUGGUUCAUCCGUGGUAUCGCCGUCAAAGUCACCAAGGCUCUGCUCCAAGAUCUUAGAGAAUAUGUAAUCAGGAUGAACAAAAUGAAGGGUGCUGGCGAAAAACAAACAAAAAGAAUCAAAGUAUUAAAUGUUUGGAUUAUAGUCAAUGAGGAUCAACAUCUAGUCAUCCACGUCACUAGAGAUAAUCGACCAAUUAGAAUACAAUUUAUGAAAAUGUUAUUUUCUAAUUAAUUAGAAAGUAAUUCAUUAGUUUAA